GCGGGUCUUCUCCGGAUCACGUGACCUCUAUCAGUGGCGGUCAUGUGACACGGGAGCACGCCCCCCUCAGCCCGUCCAGUGUUGUCUCCUCUCCGCAGUGACCGGCCUGUGAGGAGGUGAUAGCCGGUCGGUGGGUCCUCCCCUGUGUGGGGGGCGGGGAGGAGGUUCCCCUGACUCAGCUCAUUGUGUGUGUCGGGAGAUCGGAGGGCAGACAUGACGGUGAAGUUUGAGCGCGCGCUGUCCGAUCUCUACCUGGAGACAUUACUGCAGAGCAAGCCGCCUCCUCCGCCUCUGUCGCCCUCCUCCGGGGCUCUCUCUGAGGAAUGUCUCCCCACCAAUGGAUGUCCGGAGGAGAGGAGGAAGGCCCGCCUGGUCCAGUUCCAGAGGAGCACCGAGGAGCCCAUGGGUAUCACUCUCAAGUUGAAUUCGCAGCAGAAAUGCGUUGUUGCGCGGAUCCUACAUGGCGGCCUUAUUCAUCGACAAGGUGAGUUCAUUUCA